AUGACUCCCGUUGGUCCAGAAGGUUGGAGACUAACAGUGAAUUUCACUGAGCCGAUAAGGAGACUGGAGGUUUGGCAAGCAAGGAUAGUGUCUAAAGAUAAACAAGAGUUCGUGCUCGAAAAUCGACGCUGGAAUGCUGAACUGGAGGCGGAGAAAACACUGAGUUUUCCAUUUACGGUUACAAAGGGUAGCAGAAAGCCCUUAAAAAACAUUGAGUUGUCUUUCGAACGAUUGGGCGAGGGCAGCGGUUUGUACGAGGCUUAAGGGACAAUCUGAAUCGUAUCACUCUGUAUCAUCAAAUUUGCGAACUAUAAAUUAAAUGAAUCCCCUUGAAACUUAAAACUGACGUAUAUAUGUUCUGUUUGUUAUAAGUAUAAUGUCAUAUGAUCUCUUGGUUAAACAUAAUACUUUCUACGCAACUUUGAAUCUUGCGGUCUGAUGCACCACUAAAGAGCCCAAGAGGAAAACAUGCAUCCGACUCCGAAGAACUGCACUACGUUAGAAUGGUUGGUGGGGGGGAUCAGAUUUCUCGUUGGUCCCAGAAAAAAAGUCUAUGUCAUAGGUAUCUCGAUGUUGAUGUUGUUGGGGGUCUCAACAGGUUUUUUCGGCGUGGAGGUUGGAUGGUCAUAGAUGAUCACUUUUUUGUUGAACAUGAACCUCAAAACAAUCUCUUCCUAUGCCAUAUUUAUUAGUUGUGGCAAUGCAAUCUGUUCACUAUUUAGUUAGCCACUCGUAGCUGGUUAAAUGGGCAUGGGAAUAAAUUUUCAUGAAGGGAAGCUUGUUUUCGCAAACGUGGCUGGAAUGCCGUAGGAUACGUAACAACUUCAGCUAAAUAGAGAAGUUUGAAAAAGUGUGAGGAAUAGUUCACAGGGAUUUUAAAACAAGUAGAAAAUGCUGGGAACGGAAAAUAACAAGACGAAAUUCUCAACAAUUUGGGAAUAUAUGGAUGAAAGUUUUGAUGAGUACCAGCAAGCAAGUGGUCAAAAUGAUUUUAUUUUAUUCUAGUCCAGGGUUUUCAUUUGAGGCCGGAGGCCGGACGUUUCGUCCGGUCGUUUGCCAUUCCACGUCCGGUACUUUGAGAUCAAUAUUGGCGAUUUUAUUUUUACUACGGCGCUCGCGAGGCGCCUUACGGCGCCAAGAAAACAUUCACGUCCGGUGCUUUCAGAAGUAUGUCCGCUACUUUACAAAACAGUUGAAAACCCUGCUAGUCACUACCUAGUAAGCAACGAACAGGAAAUUGCUGAGCUUAGCUUUUUCAAUUACAUUUUUUAUUGUUUCCCUCCAACUCUCAGAUACCUCCACAACUUCUUUUAAAAAAAGUCCAUGCGUUGUAAAUCAGAAUCUUUCAGUCCGCGUGUUCUCUAAAUAAAUCCUGGUAAUUUUUUUAGUGGUACUAAGAUAUGCAAAUAUGAAAUCAUACUAGGUCAGCAUAUUUGCCCAGAAUUUGUUAAUUCAGCUGUGAUAUUGCAAAAUCACUGUUUGAAUGGUUAGAGAAGCUUUAUAUCCACUACGUUUAUCUUGAGGUCUUUGUUGAAACAGACCAUUUACAAAACCGAUAAGUAUGUAAAAGCUUUGUUUGAACAAACAGUAUUCAAGAUUAAAAGUGUAUCAGGGCAAAAGAACAGUAUUUAAACGUUAGUAACUAUUCAUCUUCACAGCAUUCUGUCUACAAGCGCUCAUAAGCACCAAAUUACUCAUCAGAGGAGAUUACAAACGAGGUAAGAGUUACUUUGUACCAUUUAAGGAGAAUGAUUGCACAAAAUCGCAUUGAGUUGAAAAAUAAGUUAAUUUGAAAAGUCCGAUUCUUUUAGCCUGCCUUCGAUUUUUGUAUUAUGUCAAUCAGCUUUAUCCACUUUAUAUUGCCUUCUGAUCCGUCUUCUUUAUAUCAUAUCAAUUGUACAGGUAAACAUAGUCGGUAAACUCUCAGUGAGUUUAAACGUAAUAGGCAAAAAAUUUUACAAUUGCGCGCAAAAAUUGACAAAUCAUAACCGUCGGUCGUGAAAAUAUUUAACCACAAAAAUUCUUCCUUUAAUAGCAACUGAAAGAAAUUGACCCUAAAACUGCCAAAAGUUUAACUAUUGGCCCUAAAAGCCAUCACCCCAUUGAUACCUUCGUAUUUCGGAAACAAAAAAGUAGACGGUUAUGAAAGGUAGUUGGUGAAUCAAGAAAUGUGUCUGGAAAUGUCUUUCGACGUAGCUCGGCUUUUGGAGCAUCUUAGGGCGAAAUUUUCGCCCGCCUUUUCCUUUUACAAUUGCAUGAUGAAUCUGAAUUUGCUUUAAUAAUAUAAUACUACUUUCAUUUAGGGAAAUAUGAGGUGCACCUUCUCCACCUUAGUUGUUGCUCUGUUGAUUUUUCACUCGCCCAGAGUACACUCCGAAGACGCCGAAGUCACUAUCUUCAAUCAGUGGCCUAGAGGGUUCUACGGUGAAAUAUCAAUUGCCCUCGAAGACGAUGUCGAAGAUGGCUGGCAACUUACAGUAUCUUUCUCGAAGCCUGUAAAACGCCUCUCAGUUUGGAAUGCAAAGGUGGAUUCAAUUUCUGACGACAAGAAGCAGUACAUCCUGAAAAAUAGGUUCUGGAACAAAAAACUGAAGGCCGAACGCCCAUUGAAGUUCCGGUUCUUGGGACACAAAGCAAAGAAAGGGGAAAAUAAACCGACCGUGACAGCAGAGUUCACCCGCCUUGGCGAAGGAAGUGGCUUCUAAAAAAAAUCUUGCGAGCCAAAUUGAUUGCGUGGAGGAAGGCAAUAUUGCUCAAUAAAAUGUUGCAAUGCAGCUUACGUUUCACCCUUUGUAUGCCUUUUUCAAUAGGUCUGAAAAUACUUUUUGUGUGCUUCACUACAAGAAUUCUUCGCGGCGCGCUGAAACAAUUCUUUUCUUUCGCGGAUUAUUUCUGAUCUGCCUCGCUUGUCGGAAAUUACCGAUUGCAUUACAAGAUUGUUAGUAGCCCAUGGGUUUAUUGGAUGAAUGAUCUAAGAAGCAAAACAGGAAACCUUUUCUUCUUCGUGAGUUUGAGUUAAACAUUGAAAUCUUUGCCUGGUUUGUACUGUGAGCUAAAAUUUAAAAACAUACCUCUCUUUCUUGAGUCUAGGUUUUGCUUCAAAUCAGAACCAAGGAAUGGUAAAUAGCUCUUUCUUGAAAGUUUAGAUGUCAAUUUGCGAUUGAAGUCGAAGCUUAAGUCUAACUCAGAAGGCUUCGUUAUAACACUGUUGAUGAUAUCCCUAAGAGAAGAUUGUUUUCCUCGUCCGCAAUUAUAGCUCUAUCGAUAAACUGUAGAUCAACCAGGCUCUAUCUAAUAAAAGUUCCAUCUGACCUCACCACCCGUUCGUUCUUUCUAACAUUGCGGAGCUUCUUUCUGAUGUUCCUGAAAUUUUUGUGUUACCCGCGAAGGGGUUGCUUUAAUGACCUGCAGAAGAUUAUGGGCUCGAUUAAAAGGAAAACGUAACUUUUUUGUUUUGAACAAAGCACACUCUAAUCUUGGAAGUAAAAUUUAAUGGUGCGCCAGAAACUGCUCUGAGAUCUGAUCUAUAAUAUCAAUGCAGUGCACACAAAGAUGCGUUUCAAGUUUGCUCAUAUACAGUCUGCAAACAAUCCACUUUUCUUGUUUAUAGUUAUUUACUGUGUUCAAAAAUUAGCGUUAAACACAAUUUCUGUGAUAUAAUCUGCAAAGAUCCAUUUCGACUCAGAUAAUUGUAGAUUCCACUUCCCUCUUGCACAGGCUCAAAGUUACUGCCUCCCCUUCGACGAGUUUUCUGGCUUUGAAGUCAAACGUAUAUAUUACUGCUGCCGUCAACUUUGCGUCCAGAACAUGUUUUCACGUACGAACUCUGUUCUAUCUGAAUUUCCCGCUACCAGUUUGGCUUGCUGCCUCAGUAACACCCUUAAUACUCCUAUUGUUGGGCUAUCACUAUUUCAAGUUGCAUGUUCACUCACUUAUUAAGCCUAACGACAUUUUCUUCAUGCAAUAUCGUCUAUCAAAAUUGUCACAAUUGUAAACAAAAUUUACAUGCUCAAAAAAAUUUGAGCAAAAGUUUGUUAGACAGACGGAUUUUUCAAGCAAGUAAAAACAACUUGUAUGGGAAAUGGAAGUUUUCAAUUUCAAUUUCUCUCUUUAAAGAGUGUGUGAAGAAGUUGUCAAAAUUCUAUCAUUUGUAGAAACGCCUCACCAGUUGUAAAUGAUGUACCGUUGAGUCCCUCCUUCUUGAGUUAAAUUUUUAUUUCAAUUUUGUUUUCUCAGUGUGUCAGCUCAGUUACGUUUAGGUAAAGCUGUAAAAUUCUUGAAAUAGAACAUUUCCUGACCCGUCAUUCACAGUAACUUGUACAUGUAUCUUUAGAAAUUAGUGGAUUUUCUGGAGUCCUUUUACAGCUGCAAAUCUAAAUCAUGAUUGUAAACCUCUCCAAGACCAAGUUUUAUCAACGCUAUCCUUGUGAUAUUACAUGAUUAUGGUUCUGGACUAGAGUUGAAAUAUUGUAUUUCCAAAUUGAAUAUUGCUUAAACUAAACCUUUGUUCGCAAUGAUUUCCAUUCUCGCCCUCACCUCUUUCGUUCCACACUCGAUAAUUUCAGAAGAUUCUGUAGUACAGUGGUUUACAUCAACUUAGUUUAUUUUAUUCGUUGCUACUGGGGAGAAGCAUUUAUACAUGUUCGAUGAAAAAUCGAAUGUUUGGUAUAUUCACUCCUGAGAAUCGUGGUGGGGCGAUUUUUAUCUUUUAUAAUUUUUUUGUGCGUUCACAUGCAGCCAUGGCAAUUUGACGCAACAUGUAAAGAGUUCUCAAUAAUCACACCUCUUUUGUUUGUCUUAACAGUGCAUCAUUUGAUUGAAAUCGACUUUAUGUAAACUUAAUAACCUUUUAAGUCUAUUGAUAGGUUAACAGAAAAAAACUUAAAAACACAAAGAGGAGAUGAACGAGCUCAGUUGACUUUGGAAAGAACUACCGACACGCCGCCUUUCAAAACAAGCAUGUAAGUUUGAUUCAAUUUGGUAUUGAUACGUAGGACAAGCGUUCAAAACGGAUUGAUAAAAAACAAGAAUACGAAUUAGUUUGCUUAAAUGGGCAGUUAAACUGAGGAGAGCCACUUUUCUUGUAAGCAUUUCCUUCUUUGGCAGAAAGCUGCGCUCGUUUUAUAAAUUUUGAGAACAUUGGUUAUUAUUUUCUUUUUCUUUGUUAUAUCAUCAAUCUCUAAAAUGUUUCUGCGAAGUAAAAAGUGAGGUUAAAGAUGAGUAAUCAAAGCAUUUACCAUAUAGGAGUGUUUAUGUAGAGUUAUGAGUGUGGACUUCUACUGCUCUUCGUAUUUUGUACAGUACGAGCCGAGGCCUGCGCCGAUGGCGAGGGAAACAAAUUUUAAAUCAAAUUAUUUACACGAAUACUUCAACCAUAAAAGACUAGGACAACUUCGAUACAAAUGAUAUUUCAACGUAUUAUUUUUUUGGGUCAAACUCCACGUAUUUUUAAAUUAAUAGAAAUUUUUUCUAGGUAAACACACCUAAGAGAUUGACACCAUAACUCAAUUUACAUUAUGUCGAUAUGAAGAGUAAUGAAGACUUGAUUCUCAAAGUUAAAGGUUUGAAAGGCAAACAAAACGCAUCACAUUUGAACUAGGUCUCGCUUAAAAUAGAUUUGAAAACAAAAGGCUUUUUCUUCUUAUCCUUCAUUUCAUGCUGAAGCAAACGUUUUUACCCUAUAGACUGAUAGUUUAUACAACUAUAUCUAGGUACCUGCAAAAGCGGUUAGAUGCAUUCACUUACUUUUGAAUUUCCAAUUGCUUCUCACGUGCAUUUAGGGUAUCAAGUGAUGUCUAUUGUAGGAGGGUUUCAAAGGAGUAAAUCGUAAGCCGUAAAAUGGCCAAACAAUUUAGCCGUUAGCCGUAAAAAUUGACAAAUUUUAACAAGUGAUAGUCAUAAAAAAAAAAUCAAACGUUAAAAAAUGCCGGUCUGGUGACAACAAGUGAAUGAUAUAUAAACCGUUAGCCGCUGAGAUGGCCACAAUUUUAACCUUUGCCGCAAAAGCCAUCGACUGCAAGUGAGCGUUCUCGUUUUCGCAAACCAAACAAAUCAGUUCAUAGUUCAUGACCAUAAAGUAACAAAAAAGGAAAUAAAUCUGAAUGAGCAAGAGGAAGGUGAGGCUUAAGUUUAGACAGUGUUUCAGCGGUGCAGGUCGUGAUUGGUUCAAGUUAUUUAUGUCAAGCUCGUGAAGGAGAUGAUAUGAUUCCUUUCACCUAAGUUCGAUGCAAAGUGAGGGGGAAUCUACUUUUGAACUUUUACUGAAACCUACCGUCACAUCUAAUUACAAUGCGAAACCAAGUGACAAGGACCAAGAAGUCGAGAAAAAGAGAAUUCUAUUCAGAAGCGUUUUCGUGUUAUCGUGAUAAUUAAAUCGCUCGAUAGAUGUAAAAGUCCCACUAAAUAUGAUUUGAGGAUAACUAAGUAUUUUAGAACGUAAGAGAAAGUUUGAUGCAAACCAGGAGGAUCAAUAUACUGAGAGACGCAACAUUUCAACUUAAGUGUUUAUUUCUAGGCAGUUUCGGUAAUUUUCAAAUAAUUUUCGGUAUCAUUUUCAAAUUCUGAAGACGACUUGGAAAUAAUUUUUUUCGCAAAGCUCCUUUAGGAAACUAUGUUAAAAACUAGGAAGAGUAAGGUUGUUUCGGCAUAGGUUUGUAUGGGGUUAGCUUUUACAGGCGCGGUAUGUCACACUUUCCCUUGAUUCCUCCAUGUUCCUGCCACAUACGUAUCUCACACGGCGAGUUGACUUUUUACAUUGACAGAAUCAUGAAGGCAAUUUGCAUCGGCUUCACGUUGUCUCUUAUGUUAACUCUGGUCCAGAAAGGUCUUUGCUUUGACGAAGGAGGGGCCAAAAUAGAACACCAGUGGAGUGAAGGAUUCAUUGGCAAAUUCAGUAUCACCCCCGGGCCAACGUUAAGCAAUGGUUGGAACAUGAUCGUUACAUUUUCUCAACCAAUCAAGAUACUCGAAGUAUGGCAGGCGAAGAUACAGACGCAAAACAAACAGAAUACCGUAUUUGUGUUAGAAAACCAGUCGUGGAAUACACUUCUUGAAGAAGGAAAGAAAUUUGAGUUCAACUUUAAGGCAAAUAACAUAUAUAUAUCAUAA